AUGGCAAUUGACCCCCAGGAAGUGCUUGAGCGACCUGUUAAGGUCCACCUACAAACAUGGAUCGUCGUCAUUUGCAUCAACUUUGUAUACUUUUCUCAACUCACAGCAAUCAUCGGCGCGGGCUUCCUGGCCCAGCCUAUUGCUGCCCUCAUAGGCGGCGCUUCGCAGACCCUAUGGUUCAGCCAGUCCAUUAACCUCCUCGGCAUUGCAAUUUGCUUCCCUGUAUGUCAGAUGGCCGACUACUGGGGAAGGAAAUGGGUCCUCGUGAUCCUGCUUGGCAUUGGCUUUGCGGGCACGCUGAUGGUUGCUCGUGCCCAAAACGUCGCAACCGCGAUUGCUGGAUUCGUCCUGAUAGGCAUCAAUUACGGCUCCCAGCCCAUCUUGUUUGCGGUACCGUCUGAAAUUCUGCCCAGGAAGCAACGCCCCGUAGCCCAGGCAACAGUCAACAUGUCUGCCAGUGUUGGAGGAAUUCUUAGUCUGGUCAUGGGCGGAGCCCUCCUUCGAUACGGUCAUCUCGAGAACUACCGGACUUAUUUCUAUGUGGUGGCGGCCUUCUUCGGUGUUUCCUUCCUCGGCAUCCUGCUUUUCUACUAUCCACCACCACGAGAGGAACAAGUCUCCUUCACCUUGGCGCAAAAUCUCCAAAAGCUCGAUUGGGUCGGCUACGCCCUUUUCGCCCCAGGAUUGACCCUGUUCUCUAUGGCCCUCUCAUGGUCUCAGAAUCCGUAUCCCUGGUCUGAUGCACACGUUAUUGGGCCCUUUGUCAUAGGUGUCGCCAUGAUUAUCGCCUUCAUAUUUUACGAGUGGCUCGUUAAAAAAGAUGGUAUCGCUCAUCACGCUGUUUUCAGCCACCGGAACCUAGUUAUCUCGCUUCUCGCCGUGUGGAUCGAUGGAGUUUCCUUCUUUUCGGCUAACACCUAUUUCGCCCAGCAGUACGGAAUGUUUACCGGCAGCGACAUGCUAAUCACGGGUGUCGCAUUCGGCAUGUUCUUUAUCGUUGGUGGCGUAGCCACCGUCUUGUUUGGCUGGGUAUCAACUAGGUUCCGGAUUGUUCGCGUGCCCGGCACCAUUGGUUUAGCUCUGAUCGUCCUCUUCAACGUGUUGAUGGCGACCACAAAACCUUCGACCUCUGAGGGAAUCUACUGGGGCUACACCGUCUUUGCCGGGCUCGGUCUCGGAAGCGUCAUUCCAACGUUCAUGGUUGCCGCACAGCUAACAACGCCGCCGGAGAUGAUCUCUCUCGUGUCCGGUCUUGUCAGUGUCUCCAGGCCCAUCGGCGGCGUCAUUGGCCUAGCCAUCAACAACGCCAUCUUCCACAACACCCUCUCUACGCAAGUUCCUAAGAAGAUCGGCUCGGCAGUCAGCCCUUUUGCCUUUCCCUCCUCCUCCCUCGGCGCUCUCAUUACGGCUCUGACGAGCCAAGACAAUGCCGCACUUAACAGCGUCCCCGGUGUCACGCCCGAUAUCCUCGCCGCAGCGAGAGGUGGCCUUCUGGAUGCCUACGGACUUUCGUUCAGGAACUGCUGGAUUGCUGCUGCAUGUUUAUGUCUGCCCGGUGUUAUUGUUGCCUGUUUCCUGAAGGAUCCUCGCUCCGAAUUCAAAGCGCACAUAGACGCCCCGGUUGAAGUCGAGUUGAUGGAACGACAGAAAGUGUCAGAAGUAAUUCACUUAGAAAAUGUAGAUGGCGUGAGAAAGGGCGAGAAUUGA